AUGUUAUCGACAGGUGACCUUCAAAAUUGCUUAAGAAAGUUGCAAACGGAAUUGCGUUUAAUCAAAUUUCGGGACGUUGAUUACAAAUCUCCAGCUUUCGCGAAAAAAUUAUUAAUGAAAUGUAAUUGUGAAUUGUAUGGAAAAACAGAUAGCGGAUUCAUUGAUUCAAUGUAUAAAGCCUUACGUGAUUAUUUCAAUUAUAAACCACCAUUAACGAAAGAACAAUUUUUUACAACGGGAUUUACUGAAAGAAAAUUACAAAUGGCAUGUGAUAUUAUCUCUAUGAUAAGAAAUGAAUGUAAAGACGUAAUUCAAUCACAACAAACACAAAGCAUAAGAAGACCAAUGUCAGCUUUAGCUAAACUUAUUGACAAAGAUGAUAGAUAUCCCAAUGGUGUUUCACCAUUACAACAACAACCUCUUACAUUUUAUCCAUUACAUGAUAUGCGCUUAGAAAUAGAUGAUGAUUUAAAUCAACGACAGUAUGAUAUCAAUUACGAAAAACAAUAUGAUCAAGAGAAUCAAGUAACAACGUUGCCACAACAAAAAAGAAUCGAAAAUUUGUUAAGUCGUUCAAAUUCCCAUCUAGAGAAUGCAGUUAAUAAUAGAGAAUCAGUAGCUUGUCAAACAGACACUGUAGAUAAUUUAACAACAAUCAGUCGACUGGAAGAACAAAUAAAAAUAUUAAAAACUAAAUUGGAAGAUGCUUAUUCUAAGUUAGACAAUAUAACUUUGUUAUUACAGGGAAACAAUUUUCCAUCGUCUGAUAUUCCAAAUUUCAAUGCUCGUUUAAUUAUUAUUGAAAACGAAUUAGCUAUGUUAAAAAAUAAAACGUCAUUAGAAUCUAUGUCACACUUACAAAACACAAACAAUAUUGAAAACAAAGUGACAAUUCAAUCAAACAAAAUGCAUAGGCCUUGUGUAUCCCAGGGCAUUCUUGUCGAUUAUACUGAUGAUGAUACUGCACAAUAUGCUAAUAACUAUUACCCGAACGAUCAUAACAUUGUUGAUAGAGCCCGAUCAUUAUUAGAAAAAUAUAUAAGUUAUAUAAUGGCUCGUUUCGAAUUUUUGCAAUUUUGUAUUCUUAUGCUUGCCAUACCUGUUCAAUAUCUAAUUGUAUCGAAAUGGUCGCUAAAAGGGAUCGAACAAACCCAAGCAUUAAAAACUUCUGUACUCGAGAUUCCAUUAGGUUUUAAUCCAUUUAUCCAUCCUCAAACGUGGAGACGUGGUAUUGAAUCCCCUGCAUCAGAAGUCUAUCUUCACCGAGAAAAAUAUGGAUAUUUUGGAAACUCGCCAGAAACUCGUUCAUCCCGCCCAGAAAAUGUUAAAUACCGUGUUGGACAAGUAAUAAGACAUAAACGUUAUGGAUAUAGAGCGGUCAUUAUUGGUUGGGAUAUAACAGCAAAAGCACCCGAAUCGUGGAUCAGUGAACAUCAUCAUGGUCAUCCAGUGAGUAUAAUCCCAAAACAUUUGCAGUACUGCAAAAUGCUAAUAAUUCCUGAUCCUAGAGAGGAAUAUAGUACACAGCCGAACUAUGCUGUUUUGCUAGAUACGCGUGAUCGUAAAGCUCAUAAAACGUAUAUACCUCAAGAAGAAAUACAAGUUGUGACGAGUACUAAGAUUGUAAAUGCUCAAUUAGAGGAUUAUUUUGAGUUGUAUGAUGGUGCUCAGUAUAUAAUGAAACCUUGGAUGAAAGAGGUAAUUAUGUCAACAACAACGAAACUUACUUUUGUUAUUGACAAUGGCGCCUAUUCUGCAAAAUCAACAUUUAACAAUGUUGACAAACCAAAAAUAAUUCCAAAUUGUGUUAUGAAAUCAAAAUUUUAUCCUAGACGAGUUUUUAUUGGUGAACAAGUGAUAACAGAAUGUCCAAAUAAAACAAGUCUUUAUUAUCAAUUACCAUUUCAAAAGGGUUAUUUAGUUGAUUGGAAUGUACAAAAAAGCGUGUGGGAUCAUCUAUUUUCCAAAAUUCCGUGUAAAACAACUGGUUUAUUAAUUACUGAACCGUAUAUGAACAUGAAUUUUAUUCGAGAAACAAUGGAUCAAAUAUUUUUUGAAGAAUAUGAAUUUUCAUCAUUGGCAAGAUAUGAUCCAGCCUCAUUCAGUGCAUACAAAUAUCAGAAUGAAACAAAGUCAAAUUAUGUGCUUGUUGUCGACUCUGGUUAUUCAUUUACCCAUAUUGUGCCAUUUUAUCGUGGAAAAAAGAUUUUGGAGGGUAUUGUUAGACAAUUAUUAGUUAUGAAUGAAACGUACAUAAUUAAUGAAUUAAAAGAAAAUGUUUGUUUUGUAUCAACAGAUUUUAAUCAUGAUAUGAAAAAGGCACGCCUUCCAUUAUCACAAAAUACAAUUACUAUUGAUUAUGUUCUACCAGACUACGGUGAGAUUAAAGAAGGUUACGUCCAACAACCAUCGUUAAAUUCAUCAACAAAUGACAAUGCGAAAAAAAGUCAAAUGAAAAAUCAGAUUGUACGUAUGAAUGUUGAACGGUUUAGUAUUCCAGAAAUAUUAUUUCGUCCAUCAAUAGUCGGAAUUGAUCAAGCAGGAAUAUCAGAAUCGAUCUAUAACGCUUGUGAACGUUUACCAGAACAUAUUCGUCCCAGUUUAUAUGGAAAUAUAUUGUUAACGGGUGGCAACUGUCUAUUUCCAAAUUUCAAAGAACGAUUAGAACUUGAUUUACGUUCAAUGAUACAAGAUGAUUAUCCAAUAAAUGUGAUACUACCGGAAAAUCCGGUGACUUAUGCUUGUCAUGGUGCUUCACUAUUAGCUAACUCGCCUACCUACAAUGAUUAUUGUGUAACUAAGGCCGAGUACGACGAAUUUGGUCAAAGUAUAUGUCAGAAAAAGUUUACUGAACAUUUUUGA